AUGGAGCCAGAUCGACCGGGAAGACGUGGAUCUGCCUCAACGAAUGAGACGACGCAGCGCAGUCUUAAGGCCGAGAUUCGUCCGGCCGAGCUGUGCCGAAGGUUGAGCUCGCAUCUACGGAAGUUUAAGAAAAUACUCCAGUUUAUUUUUGUCGCUGGCAUCUCGGGAACCGCCUUGACGGUGGGGGCUUUGGUCCAUCUAGAUUUGCUUGGAAAACAGCGGAAUCCACGAGACUUGAUUGGUCAAUGGCUGUUGACUCUCGGCUCAAACCGAAAGGAUACGCGGCACAUUGCGAGCCUUACAAAGUACCUGGCGACAGGCGAAAGAGACAAGAAGGUUUCUCGCUCUAGCGGCGGGCAUGCGGCUGCGGUUGGUGCUGCGUCAUUCCCCACCGAGGGGCUCAAGGAUCCAGAACUGAAUGGAGACGCGCUCUUUCCAUCGGAACCAAACAAAACUGACAGUAUAAAGUCUCGCCGGCGCCCACUUUCUGCCCCAGAGCCACCCCGUUCUCCGUACCUUCCUCUCCUUGUUGUCGUCGUAGGCCAGGCUUCGAAUCUCCGUCCUCUCCUCUCUCCCCUCCUUUCCACGGGCAUUGACCCUCUGUGA